CCUGUUGCGUUCGAGGUUUCGAUGCUGGGAAAAACAACAGCGAAGGCUUGAGAAAAACCAAAAAACUCCAGCCAGCAACAGUUUCCUACUUCGAUUUCGAUUCAAUUGCCGUUUCGAGUCGCGCCGCGUGAAUACAUAAAACAAAUUAGAAAAACAUAUAUAAAAGCCACGGAACGCGACAGAUUACACAUUAAAUAAAACAACCCACACGCGAAAUAUCUCGAUCGCCAUAAAUCAAUCCGUCGAGUGCGUUUCCAGAAUCAACGAAAUUAGGUGCAAUUACCACUGAUAAGAAUGAUGAAAGCCACAGCGUGGUUUUGUCCGGUGUUAUUAACUUUACUGUGUGCCACGAGGCUUGUCUGCACAGCCCAGCGAGGAGGUGGAGUAGCAGGAGCAGUUGGAGCAGGAGCCGGAGCAGGAGGACCUGGAGCAAGAGCAGCAGCAGUGGGAGGAUCGGGAGCAGAGGUCGGAGGAAGCAGCCGCACAAACGGAUAUCCCCUGGAAUACCCCGACGCACGGAACACACAGGAUGACUUUCUGCUGGCCAAACGAAACAAACCGUCGCUGUCCAUUGUCAAUCCCCUGGAUGUCCUGCGUCAGCGUUUGCUCCUGGAAAUCGCACGGAGGCAAAUGAAGGAGAACUCCCGCCAGGUGGAACUGAACCGCGCCAUCCUGAAGAACGUGGGCAAGCGGGUCCUGUGGCGACCGGCAGGACAUCCGAGGGUCAGCCGGCGGUACCGCCAGCCAUGGCCACUCGAGCGGGAACUGCAGCUGGAACUGGAGCGGGAAAGGGAGAGGGAGAGCGAGAGGGAGAGGGAAAGGGAGGAUGUGGAACUGGAGCAGCAGGAGCAGGAGCAGCUGCUGCUGCCCUGGAAGCAUCUCCCCAGUCAACUCUGGCGCUACGACUGGCCACAGUCCCCCGAUACGGACACGGACACGGACACGGAUGCGGAUGCGGACACAAACAGGGUUGCCAAUCGAGGGCAUACCCACGUGAUGGCGGGUCAAAGGGCAUCCGCAGCUGCUCGGGAGUUGCUCAGCUAUGCGAAGAAAUCACUGCUCAGGCGACGGGUCAACGGAAAUGAAGCCAACGAAACAAACCAUGAACACGAGACCAACGAGAACGCAAAUGGAAGUGGCAGUAAAAACCCGGCGAGAUAUUUCGAUGGGGAGGAGGAGGAUGAGGAGCCGCAGGAGGGAGUGGGAUUGGGACUGGGUCUGGAAUUGGGUCUGGAGCGGUUCGAUGGGUUCGAGGACAAGCCCAACUGGGAGAACGAGGAGCGCAACGAGCUGCUGAUGGCUUCUGGUGGCGGAAACCGAGGCGCGGCCAAUGGAAAUGACCGACUGCCCUGGUCAUUUCCCUAUCGCUUUCACAAGAGCCAGCGUAAUGUUAAUUAAGUAGGUGCGAAUGGUGGGGCAACUAACAGAGAUACAGAUACAGAUACACGGAUACAGAUACAGAGACACAGAUAAAGAUACCCAAAACAGAUUAACGAUACCAACAGCAAGAGGCAGGAGGUCUUUAGACGAUUAUUAAUGCAAAUCGACGGUUCCUAAUGGCUGGCUGCAAGGCAGGCAUGGUGUGUUGUGUGUGCACAUACUCCCUUGAUGACAAACUUACUCCCACGUUGCUAGAUGUACUCGCAUUUGAACUCUAUUUUAUCGAAGAUUAACCAACGGUGUAUGUAACGAUUUAUGCUACCUCUCGCAGAUACUGUUAAACAACUGAAACCCAAAGAAGACGACCCCCGAUAAAUGUCAAACAUUCCCACUUUACUAGCUACUUAGAUCGAGAAACUCUUUUGCUAACAAGCCACAAACCAAACCAAACAACUCAAUGGAUAUUUAACGUAAAUGCAUGCAUGCGUAAUUGAUAGUGAUCUAUGUGUAACUUAAAUAAUUAUUUUAACAUUUAACGUUAAUCAAUCGCAUGCAAUAUUGACCUGUCGAAUGGGAUUUUCGUGUUUUUAUCCACGUAAACAACUGUGCAUCUCCUAAUUGAUUGGUAACCCAAAAUGUUAAUUGUGGUUUACACACUCCGCGGGCGGAAAUUGGUUUUUAUGUUUGCUCCCUCUUUAAUGUAAAAAUGCUCAAAUAGAAUUAACAAAACGCAGAUACUGUUUAAACGUUACGUUCGCUUGCAUUUGGUCACUAUUGAAUUUGCGUUGUUGAAGGGUUCGAGUUUUAAGAUAUUAAGAGACAAAUGGUUCCAAAUCAUACGAAUAACGAAAUAACGAAUAACGAUUUUAAAGUAGAUCAAAAUCAGCCCAACUACCCAAGCAAGUACUUCGAUACAUGAAUACGCCACGUGUUGUGUAAAUUAACAAGGAAUUUACCGAGCAAAUUAACCAUUUUAAAGUUACGUUCUGUACAUUAAUAAAUUUAAUACAAGCUAAUUUCUAUAUGUGUAUGUAAAUAAAACUCCUUUUUCAAAGAAGCUAAACUAAUAAAAUUCCAAAAAGAGAAAUCAAACGAAAUUAUAUAUUAUACAAAAUUAUAUGUAUGUACGAAUAUACCUACUUAUUAAAAAACAAAUAAAAUAAAAUCAUGAGGCAUUGACAUGACAUUCAAUUACAAA